AUUUGUUAUAUAUAUGUAUGAAAGUUUGCAGAGUGAUGAACUUCGCGCUUGUUGAGGGCUGUCAUGGAGUUUACUUGCUUGAGCAAAGGCAAGGGUUACUAUUUCCCGCCAUGCCAUAUUUUGGAUGUGUGUGGUUUUAGGAUUCUAUUUGAUUGUCCUCUGGACCUUUCGUCUCUAGCAGUGUUCUCUCCUGUUCCGAACGAUGCAGUAGCUCACGAUGAGAGGCGAAAAGCAGACAAGCCUCUGGAUGCGGGGAGUUUAAUUUGUGCCGAACCACGUUAUAGAACUGUGAAGAAUUUGCUCCUAUGGAAUGUCUCUUUUAUAGAUUUAGUGUUGAUAUCGAGUCCUAUGGGGAUGCUAGGGCUGCCUUUUCUUACUCGGAACAAAGAUUUUUCAGCCAAGGUGUAUGCUACUGAAGCUGCUGCUAAAAUUGGGAAAUUCAUGUUGGACGACCUUGUCAAUAUGCACAAGGAAUUUAGGCAAUUUUACGGACCUGAGGAGACUGAAGGUCCUAAGUGGAUGAAAUGGGAUGAAGUUGAAAAACUUCCGUUUGAAUUAAGGCAGGUUAUGCUAGGUACGGAUGGGUUGAAGUUCGGUGCUUGGAUGCCAUUAUACAGUGCAGCUGAUGUGAAGGCUUGCUUGCUGAAGGUCAUGGCUCUUAAAUAUGCUGAAGAAGCUUGCUACAAUGGCAUAUUGAUCAUAAAAGCAUUUAGUUCUGGUUUAGAAAUAGGAUCAUGCAAUUGGAGCAUUACUACACCGAAGGGAAACAUUGCUUACAUGUCAAGUUCUGUUUUCUCGCCCGCUACAGCAAUGAGUUUUGAUUACAAAGCAUUUGAGAGAAGUGAUGUGAUUUUAUUUUCAGAUUUCUCUUUUUGCAAUGCUCCAGAAAACUUUGACAGUGGCCUAGAUGGCAAAAACUUAUCAAAUUUAAGUGAGGAUGACAUGCAUUUAGAAGCAAGGUCUGUACUGAUUAAUGAUGAUGAGUAUCUGGAAGAGAUGGAAAAAUUGAAUUUCAUAUCCUCAUGUGCCAUUGAUUCCAUCAAAGCUGGUGGUUCAGUUCUAAUUCCUAUAGGACGACUGAGUAUCAUUCUUCAGCUGCUGGAGCGAUUUUCUCAGGCCAUGGCAUCUGAAGAUAGGAAGGUGCCCAUUUAUGUGGUUUCUACUGUUGCAGAAGAGCUUAUGGCAUAUACAAAUAUCAUUCCAGAAUGGUUAUGCGAGCAUUGGCAAGAUCGUCUUUACUCUGGUCAACCGAUAUUUGCUCAUUCAGAGAUGCUAAAAGAUAAAAAGCUUCAUUUGUUUCCAGCCAUCCACUCACUUGAAUUAUUAACAAUUUGGCAGGAACCUUGCAUAGUCAUUUGUCCUCACUGGAGUCUGCGACUUGGUCCUGUUGUUCAUUUGCUCCGCCGGUGGUGUUGGGAUCGAAAUUCACUACUUGUGAUGGAGGAAGGGGUGGAUGCUAAAUUGGCUCUCUUGCCUUACCAGCCAAUGGCAAUGAAAGUCCUCCAAUGCUCUUUUAUUUCCGGAAUAGACAUGCGAAUAUGUCCCCGCUUACUGAAGAUGCUGCAGCCUAAAAAUGUUCUGUUUCCUGAGACAUUGAGGCAGCAGAUUGUUCGUUUGGAAACUUCCCUUUCGUUCACAUACUAUUCUGAAAAUAAAACUGUAUGUUUCCCAUACCCGAAGGAAAACUCAGAACUGGACAUUGAAGUUGAAUUGGCCUGUCGGCUACAUUACACAACAUUGAAGCACCAAAAAGACAUGACUGUCGCGAGGUUGAAAGGAGAGUUCACGAUCAAGAAUGGGAGAUACAGUUUAAUCUCCAGGAGCCGAGAAUUAAUUGCUUCCCAGUCAAGGCCACAGGUUUACUCUGGCCACGUCGAUACAAAUGCUCUGGUGACAGCACUGCAGAUGAUGGGCAUGGUUACUACUGUUGAGGAAAUGAAAUGUGUCGACGGAUCUCACGAGGGAUCACUGAUACACGUCGUGGAGCCCCGCAAAGCCGUUGUCGAAGCCACAAGAACACAAACACUGAUCAGCACUGGAGAUGAAGAUGCAGCUUCCCUUAUUUCGCAGGCGGUACGUACCAUCUUGGAUUGCAUUUGAUUCUUGUUAUUUCCCUCAUUUUUUGCUGGAAAAUAAUUUGUAUCUGUAGUGUAGUGUGAAGUGAAUUUGUAAUGAUUUGUUUAGCAUGUCUUAACUUGACUGGAAGAGUAGAGAAAAUUUGUUGAUGAAUUUGUAAUGAUAAUGUAUUUGAAUAAAAUAACAUCUCUAUAUAUAUACAUAUU